AUGGAUCAUAUUCAUAAAGAAUAUUAUAGCACUAAUGCAAGAUUUUUAUCAGAUGAAACGAUCAAAAAAAUUAAAACAUUAUUCGGUAGAGUAUCUGAUGCUAUUAAUACCAUAGCAAAAAAACAUUGUAUAUCCUAUAUUCAGGUCAAAGAAUAUAUUGAAAAUCAGGAGUGUAAACAACAAAUGAUAUACUCUCAUUCAUCUCAGAUACAAAGUGCAAUUUCUUCUGAAAUAAUAUCAAUGUCUCUAAAUGAACAAUUAGAAAAUAACUAUAUAUCUUUAUUGCAAAACAAUGGCUCUUCGAGCCUACAUACUUCAGACAAUAACUCAGAUAAACAGACAAAAAAGAGGUGA